AAUUGUCAUUGUGUUGUGUGUCUGCUUCAUCUCCCUCGCCGUUUCCCUGACCUCCCUAGCCGUAACCGUAGCCAUGGCCAUAGCUCCACUCCUCUGAUCUUUUCUGAUCCUCUUAGAGCUCCAUCGCGGCCUCUUCACCCUCACCCUCACCCUCUCUCCAUCUCCUCCUACUUCGCCUCUUCUCCGUCGCGCUUCUUCCCUACCUCCACUCCUUUCGAAGCUCAUUGAUGAGUGACGAUGCGCCGGUGACUGAUCUCGCCUCUUUUCUCCAUCUCGCUACUGAUCUCGCCUCGCUCCCUGAGCUUCACCGAGGUCCAAACCUCACUCUUCUAUGCAGCCCCGAUCCUCCUUCUCCUUCUCCCGGUAAAGUUGUAUCCGUCUUCUCCAGCCUCGGUGCAGUUUAAGCUCGCAUACUGCUUCUCUGGCUGUUGACUGUAUACUACGUGGAGUAGAAUUUUAAAUCACUGAUCGAUCUCUUUACAUUCAAGACACAGGAGAGUUAGAGCGAGGAAUGAUUUUUCGCUUGCAGUUUUGACGUUAAUGCGAUGUCGGGGCUAAUCAAUUCUUCUCUUAAUGGUUCUGCCUCAAAUAUUCCUGAUAGUGCUGGGCGGUCUUUCGGGUCAUCUUUCUCUGGUCAGUCUGGAAACAUUCAGGGGAUGCACAAUAUACAUGGAAGCUACAACAUUCCCAGCAUGCCUGGUACACUAGCAUCGAGAAACUCCACAAUGAAUAACAUUGCCCCUGGUGGAGUUCAACAACCUAGUGGGAACCUCUCUACUGGGAGAUUUGCAUCAAAUAAUCUACCAGUAGCUCUCUCUCAGCUGUCCCAUGGCAGCUCCCAUGGGCAUUCAGGAGUCCCUAGUCGAGGUGGUAUUAAUGUUGUAGGAAACCCUGGAUAUAGUAGCAAUGCUAAUGGAGUUGGUGGUUCAAUCCCUGGCAUUCUGCCAACCUCUGCUGGACUUGGUAACCGGAAUUCAGUACCAGGAUUGGGAGUGUCUCCCAUAUUGGGAAAUGCAGGUCCACGAAUGACGAAUUCGAUGGGAAACAUGGUUGCUGGUGGCAACAUGGGCCGAAGCAUAAGCUCUGGCGGAGGAUUAUCUGUUCCGGGUCUCUCAUCUCGUCUGAAUUUAAGUGCUAAUAAUGGAUCUGGAAAUUUAGGAGUCCAAGGACAGAAUCGGCUGAUGAGUGGUUUGCUACCACAAGGAUCUUCACAGUUGAUGUCAAUGUUAGGAAAUUCCUACCCUGCUGGUGGCGGUCCACUAUCUCAAAGUCAUGUGCAAGCUGUGAAUAACCUAAGCUCCAUGGGAAUGCUUAAUGACGUGAACUCGAAUGAAAGUACUCCAUUUGAUAUUAACUUGGAUUUUCCUCAGCUAACAAGCCGUCCAAGUUCUGCAGGAGGACCACAAGGACAAUUAGGUUCUCUAAGGAAACAACUUCCUGCCUCAAUAGUUCAACAGAACCAAGAAUUCAGCAUCCAGAAUGAAGAUUUUCCAGCUUUGCCCGGAUUUAAAGGCAGUAAUGCUGAUUACUCCAUGGACUUGCACCAGAAAGAUCAUGAUAAUACCGCGUCAAUGAUGCAACCUCAGCACUUCUCUAUGGGGAGAUCGGUAGGAUUUAACUUGGGAGGAACUUACGCGUCUCAUCGUCCUCAGCAGCAACAGCAGCAGCAUGCAUCCUCAGUCAGUAGUAAUGGUGUUUCCUAUUCUUCUGUAAAUAAUCAGGAUCUCCUGCAUUUUCAUGGAUCAGAUUUAUUUCCAUCUUCUCAGUCGACUUAUCACUCGCAGUCCAGUGGACCUCCUGGUCUAGGCUUAAGACCUCUGAAUUCUCCAAAUACGGUCUCUGGAAUGGGGUCCUAUGAUCAGCUGAUCCAGCAAUACCAACAGCAGCAGAACCAACCUCAGUUCCGUUUGCAACAGAUGUCUGCUGUUAAUCAGUCUUUCAGGGACCCGACUGUGAAAUCUACUCUCCAAGCUUCACAGCCCGCUCCUGACCUUUAUGGCUUGCUUGGGUUGCUGGAUGUAAUCAGGACAAGUGAUCCUGAUCUUGCCUCUAUUGCACUUGGGAUCGAUCUUCUGACUCUUGGGCUGAAUUUGAAUUCAUCUGAGGAUCUUCAUAAGACCUUCAGCUCACCCUGGUCAGACGAGCCUGCUAAAGGCGACCCAGAGUUUGUUGUGCCUCAAUGCUACUAUACUAAGCAACCACCCCCCCUUCAUCAAGGGUACUUCUCCAAGUUCACUGAGGAGACAUUGUUUUACAUAUUCUACAGCAUGCCGAAAGAUGAAGGUCAAUUAUACGCUGCAAAUGAACUUUACAACAGGGGCUGGUUUUAUCACCGAGAGCUUUUCCGUUGGUUCAUGAGGGUCCCCAAUGUGGAGCCACUUGUUAAGACCAAUUCAUACGAGAGAGGAUCUUAUCACUGCCUUGACCUGAACACCUUUGAGAUUAUACGCAAGGAUAAUUUUGUUGUCCAGUAUGAGAUGGUGGAAAAGAGACCGACCUUACCCCAACAUUAGCUGAGCUCCUGAUUUCCUAAGGGAUGUAAAGUGUGAAGUUUGUGGAUAGGGUUCAUUACCAUUGUAAAUCGAUCGAUAGCUUCAGAUGUCCCAGCAGCAACAGCUGAGGAGCUGCUGCUUUAAUCCCCGUUGCUGUCGGGAUCAGUGCUAGGAGGAGUUACCUUUUUUUUGCAAUAGUUAAUUGGUCGUAGGUUGGAGCUCUCUGCUCUUUCGACAUUUUCAGAGCAGCUAGAAUAGCUUGGCUAUUGACCUCGGUACAGUAUUCAUGCCCGAUAAAGCUAUAUAAACCAUUUUUGUUGAAUUGGCUGGAAUUUCAAUGAACAUAUUUGAGAUUCAUCAAGGCUUUAGAUUCUUUUUCA